AUGAUUCUUUGUCCCAGAUGGUGGGAGAACCCCACACCCCAAGAACUUGCAUAUUUUAACUCCCUAGACGGCCGAUCGAAAUCAGAAAUAUUGAGAUGGGACAUCAACCACCGAUCCCACCCAUGCAUCCGUGCCAGAAUGGAUGAGUGCUUUGACUGUGGCGAGUUUGGCCACAGACGCCCAUGUAUCAGCACCAAUCCGUUCCCUUGCCCGCCCCCGUUUCAAGAUUGGCGCCGUUCGAUCAAUGGGAAGUCCUACUCCAAGGGCAAGUUGCGCAUGUCACUAGCCGACCUUGCAGCUCUGGAAGCUGAACAAGCAAUUGAAGCCCCCAUGGACUUGUCUUCCGAAGAUAUCGAACUUCUGGAGUCACUGGAGCAAGCUGCGUCCACGGCCAGCCAGGUCACCUCAACCAUCACUCCCAUCCUCUCCCAAGAUGGUUCAAAUGGUAAUGAAGAGUCAUCAUACUACACCACACAAGAAUCAGCCCAAGUCAACCCAGUGGUUGUUGACUUGACCAAAGAAUCAGAACACGAUGCUCCGACUCCUAUCGUUUCAAACCCUAUGUCUGCCAAGGAAGUUGCCUUAUGGGAGGCCAUCGAGGCAGCUGGUGAGUUGACCCCUGUGACCUUAACCUCAGAGGGAACUCCGACUGUGGACAAAAGUGGUCCACAUGCGUGGGACGGCAGUCACUUAAGGAAAACCCUUGCCAAACAAGAUAUUAAACGUUGA